AUGUCUGGCUAUGUUGGCGAGCUCUCCCGGGGGGGGAAGCCGAACCCGGAUGAGGCCCUUGCCUGCCACUUCGACCAGCUGCAGGAAGCAGUCAUUUCGGGCACCAGCGAGCACGCUCAGAAGUUGCUCGACAUGGUGUGUCAGCGGGCUGCACAGCCCACGGAUUCUGCCAAGCGAGAUGCCCUUGCAGCCAUCAUGGAGGGUCAGGGCGUCGUGACCUGGGAUGCAGUGCGGUUGGAGUCGGAGUUGGAGGCGCACCCCUCGAAGAAGCAAAAGAGGGUGCACAAGGCCCCCUUACAGGAAGAGUUGGCGCAGCAGGGCAUAGAACCGCCCCGCCGGGCAACUGUGGCUCAGCUGCAGUCGAUGUUGAAGCCCAAGGCAAAGGCCCUCAAGGCCCGCCAAAAGCCGCCGGCGCCGUUCAAGAGUCGAGGUGAUGUUUCGAGCUACCUCUACAUAGACAGAUGGAUGUGUGAGCCCAUUGCCGUGGAGAACAUCCACGCGUUUGGGAAGCUGCGGGCAGCCGGCCAACUCAACCUCAGGCCCACUCUGUCUGAAUUCCUUGCAAGAGAUGUGCGGGGCACUGGCCAUGUGUGGAGCGUGUACCGCGCAUGCGGCACUGCCAGGCAGAUGAGCUUCCAGGGUCGGAUGUACCCUGGCUUUCACCAGCACCUAUACGACGAGCUUCUGAAGAAGGAGGUGUCCGAGGAGCAGAAGAGUGCGAUGACGCCUGGGGGGAAAGGCAAGUCCUUUAGUGAGAUUGUGGGCAACUACCACCUCCUCCCACCAGUGUUUGAGGAGCUCCGCAAUGCCGGCAUGCAGAGCUACGCAGCAUCUCGCGCUGCCUUCACACUGCCCAACUUGGAGCGAAGCCUGAUUCGCAGCGGUCUCCCUCUGGCCAACAUAGACCAGUGCAACAGCUCAGCGCAAAUCCUCCUCAAUUGCCACCCAAAUUCACCUUGUUUGAGGCGCUUGGUGGAGGACAGGGAGGCCGUCUACCGCGAGUUGGGAGUGCCCCGCGUCGAUGCGAAGAAGUUCAUGAACGCCGUCCUCUUCGGGGGUGGGCACUUCCUUGUAGAGGACUUCAGGCUUACCCAUCGCCAAUGCGAAGUGCACAUUCUGGAGAAGCGGAAGGGGUAUGUGGAGGCCCAGCUCCAGACCUUUCUGUGUCAACGCGAGGAGCGCCGCAUCGUGGAUGAGAUGGACAGGGCUCUGCAGCAGUCACGGCUCGGCCAGGUGGUGAGCUGGGAUGACGGCCUCGUCGUGGCCCCCUUCCACACCCCUGCAGACUUUGACCUGGCCGCCUGGCAGAAGAAGGUUCUGGAGGUCAUGCAGUCGGCCUCGCCCAACCCGCUGGCGUUGAAGCCGCAGGAGAGCUUUGCCGAGGUGCUGGCGACGUACAAGGCACUUUACCCGGACCUGGACUGGACGCGGGAGGACAGUGACUGGCUGGAGACGGAGAAGGUGAGGCGCAAGCUGACGGGGUACCUUGCCACGGGCAUUGACAACGCCGACAAGCUCGUGGUGAAGCUGUUGUCCCGCGAGAUUCUGCCUUGCGGCGCCACGGUGUCCGAGUCGUUCAAAUGCCUUGCAACAAGCCGGACCCACUUGGAGACGGCCUACUUCGAUGCGGAGACUGGUGCGUGGCGCAUGGAGGCCCAGGCACACUUGGAGGAGCAGCUUUCCGAUAUGGCCAGCGAGGUCAUCCUCUCCGCCACUCCGCCCAAAUGGAAGGGCAUGCCUCCGGCAGUGGCGCAUCGCACCGCGGCCAUGCGGGUGAUUGCAAAGAGCGCCCUGCAGGGCAAGCUGUACGACGCGGUCUUCAUGCGGAAAUUGAACGGGGAGGCCUACCGCCGCUUCGUGAUGUUCCGCAACGGGAAGGUGAUGGACCGUGACGACUACAGCGUCACCACAGGGAGGAGGGAGCUUCUGAUCUCGAUGCGCCUGAACAUCGACUACAAUGAGGGGCUCUUUGAGCAGCUGGAUUCCGAGCUGGACGACCUUGUGACGAGCUUGCAGGCCGUGCGAGACUUUGAGGCCGGCAUGACCGACUACCUCGAGGACAGCACCUUGCCGGUGGAGCUGCAGGAGCGGCUCAAUGCCGGGGUCAAGCAUCCGGCCAUGGGGGCCCUUGAGACGCUCCGUAGCUGUACUGACUGCUGGGAGACGGCCCUCUACCAUCUCAAGGUCGGCGCCUACAGGCUCUUUGCUCGCGAGUGGUUGGAGGAAGCCCACUGCUGGGUGGGGGAGGGGGGCAACGGCAAGACGUGGCAGCGGGCGGCCCUGUUCGGCACCUACAGCAUCUCCCCGGGCCACGAGUUGCUGAGCUGCCCGGCCAAGGGCCUGGAGAGUGCGAGUCCUGCUCGCAUGCGGCUGCAGGGCACGCGGCUGGUGACGUUCUCGGAGAUGGAGCGGGCCGCGGCCGUGCAUAGCUCCAUCUUCAAGCAGUGGAGCGAACACUGCACGCGCGUGCAAGCGCGCAACCUUUUCAGUGACAUUGUGGAGUUUCAGGGCGUGCAAUUCGGGAUGAUCCUCUCGACCAACAAGUCCAUCUCCUUCACGGACCUAGACGGAGGAGUUGAAAGGCGCUUGAGCAUGCCAUGGCCAAUGCGCUUUACCCGGAAGCCGACUGCUGAGCCCAACCACCGCAAUGCGGACGUGUCGUUGAAGAACAAGGAGGUCCUGGCGGGCCGCGCUCCUGGCCUGAUGUGGUUGCUGAUGAAGAUCGCCCGGAUCUUCCCCGGGGGCAACGACACCGUUGUCAGGCCCCGCCCAUACCGGGCGGCGGUGGCCACACGGGCGUUCUUUGAGCAGAACGAUGCCAACAUCGCCAUGUCAACCUUCUUGGACAAGCUUGAGACGACGCCCCAGGCAUCCAAGGACCACCUUGGCUACAUGGAGGUCCUGGAGUCCUGGUAUGCCCGCUGCAAGACCUUUCUGGCGAAGGCGCGCAGCAAGCAGCUGUUCCUCGACACAAGACCUGUGGCAAGUUCGUGGUGA